CUUUGACUUUAACAUCUUGGUACAGUGGCCAUUUUUUUUAAGUCUACACACUCCUGUUCAAAUGCUACAAUUUUGUAAUGCAGUAUAACUAAUAGAGAAGUAAAGUUAAAAUAAACACUUGUGCACACGCUCUUAUAACUGGGAUAGUUCAAAUUUCACAUUCAAACUCAUUCAAACUGUUAAAUGGCAGUUAGCAGAUCACCAAGUCCCCCUGAUUAGCCCCAAAUAAUGUUUCGAUGUUCUAGCAGUCUUUUUCUGCCCCAAAUCACGAUGCUUCCACCACCCUGCUUCACUUUUGGUGAUGAGUAGUGUUUGCACCAAACAUACUUUUUGGAAUUAUGGAUUUCAUUAGACCAAAACACAUUUCCCCACAUGACACCUUUGGCUUUUUCAAAUACCUUUUGUUUGUUUGUUUGUUUGUUUGGGUUUUCCUUGCAAACUACCAUCUUUCUUCCACAAAUAAGAUGGGGGAUUGUUGUCACGUAUUGGCAGAAAUUUCUGUAGCUCAUCCAAUGUUGUCUGUCGUGUUCAUUAGCCUCCCAGGACAGCUUUCUGGUCUUUUCAGCAAUUCUGAAGCGACAUCCAGUUCUUGGUCAUUUCUCCACAUGAUGACUGCUGUCUUUGCUGUGCUCCAUGUUGUAUUCAUGCCAUUUAAAGUCUACUGCACCCCUCCCCUGACUGAUACCUUUGAGUGAGACCCCCACUGAUGCUGUGGAAGCUGCCUGUAGAUAAUGGCUUGUUUUGCAGCAUGUGACUUGAAAAAUGUGAGCAAAAGCCUACAAGAAUAGCUGAACUUUCUUUGGAAUUAAGUUCACCUUUUUUCAAUUCAGUUCUACAGAUUGAAGGUUCCUUUUCAUAGUGGCAAAAGUCUUUUUAAUGAUUUAUAUUCGUCUCUUGUUCUUAUAUAACUGGAGAAAGUGUCUUUUGAACCUGGGAUGUGUGGCCUUUUUAUAUCAAGCGAAUCCACGAACUGUCCUAAUGUCAACAACUUAAUAAAAGAGCUGCUGUAAAUUUAUCUAUUUUCCUUUUUAACUCUGUGACCUUGUUGGCUGUGCUUGAUGCUGUUGAAUAACGGGCUCAUUCACGUCUGGAUUUUAAUUAUCAGUGACAAUAUAAAGCAGUGUAAAGAACCAGAGCCGUGCCUAUUUAUGGAGCGUUCCAGAUGGUAAAUCUAUACCCGGUGUGGGACACUUUGUCACUCCGACAUCGCCUCCAAAUAGCCAGUGUGGUAAUGAAGUCCUACAUACAAGCAUGUUCGAAAGUAAGAUCGACCACUCCUUAAUCACAGCGAUAACAUUGGUUCUUCACGUUAUUUGAUCCUAUCACGCUGUCCCGAUCAUGUGAAUGGUAAAUGCCAUUUUGUAAGAAGGUAUGUAAGUUACUCUGUAACAGUUACUUAACGUUGACGAGUAUAAAAGAGUGUGAAAUGUUGGACUUUUUACAAGAAGCUUCGAGAGCACCGUCGUCAUAGCAACCCUCAGCGACACAACAGCCUCGUGGACGCAAGUAGUUUUAAUCGGCCAAUCAGAGGGCGGGAUCACGUCACAUGGUUGAAUUUCCCCCGUGUCCGAAAUCAUCUAACCCCGCCUCCAUGGUAUAGUUCUGUAUUUACAAUUGAGCCCGCCGCACCUGUGGCGCACACGGACUAUUAUGGUGAUUUAAACCGUUUGUUUGAUCAUUUCAUUAUUUUCUUUUCGUUCACGGCAUUUUCAUCGAGAUGUUCAGAAGCGGCAAUUUUGGGGACUUUGAUGAGGACCCCUUCUUCUCAGAUCCAUUCCGAGCACACCGGGAUCACAUGCGUCAGAUGAUGCGGAGCUUCUCUGAGCCAUUUGGCGGACGCUUCAUGCCCAGCAUCAUGGACGGAACAAGCCGCGACCAUGACGCAGCAGAGCCUCCGGCAUUGAGGGGCGAACACAGGAGUACCCGGAGAAAAGCCAGGCAAGCCAGAGGAGAACACCCAAACUCCACACAGGAAGGCUGCAGUCAAGCGAUUCCAACUCCGAGCUUCAGAACUGACCUCAGUCGCUCACUGUUGCCCUUCGACAGCAUGGACCCCCCGAUGAACCCUUUUGGCAUGUUUGACAGCAUCAUGACCAACAUGAGGAGCAGGAUGGACGGGAUGUACAAAAACUUUGACAACAUGUCCACAGAUGCAAACACCCACUCGUUCAGCUCCUCGUCCGUCAUGACGUAUUCCAAGGUUGGAAACGACCCUCCAAAAGUCUUCCAGGCCUCCUCGUCGACACGCCGGGCCCCAGGAGGUGUGAAGGAAACAGUGAGAGCCUUGAAAGACUCUGAAAGUGGUCUGGAGAAGAUGGCCAUCGGUCACCACAUCCAAGACAGAGGACACGUCGUUGAGAAGAAAAUGAACAAAAAAACGGGAGAUAAGGAGCUCAUACAAGACUUCCAGAAUAUGGAUGAAUCUGAAGCACAGUCCUUUGACGAGGAGUGGCAGAAGGAGUUCUCCAAGUUUAGGCCGUCUGGCUCCCCGGCUCAGCUGGAGCCGUCCCGACGUCGCAGAGGUCAGCAGGCACCUCUAGCAGGUCCUGAGCGGACCCACAGAGAACAACCCAAGCCCAAACCUAAAAGUAUCCUCAAAGCUUCCAACUCGACAAAGCAGUAAAAUCAUCAACAUCCUCGCAAGUCUCAAUUGCUCACAAUACACACAUUAUGGUAUCAUCCCCACAACUAAAUCAAAUGGAGCUGACCCAUUCAUUGAAACGUGACACAUUUUUGACUCUGUUGCACUGGUCACUGCUUCUCAAGGUUUGUUAGUGUUGCGCAGUUUAUGCGCAGCAACUUGGCGGUUAGUAUCAUUGCCAUCAGAGAUUGCAUAUUUUCAAUAGCAGUCACAUCUACCGUUUUGGUGGCAGUGGCACAAAGCAUUGAGGAAGUCAGGAAGUGAAGCGUUGCAACCAACAGGAUAACUGUGAAGAGUUGGCUGGAUUCUAAAUGAGUGGACCAAUUGGUGUCCUCCAAAGAGAUAGGUGAGAGAUGGACAGUAAGUGGCAGCUACGCAACGCCUGAAGAAAUGAGCGUGGAUGCUACCACAGGUGGUUUUAAAAGGCAGACAACGCAGCCGUUUGUUUUUUUUUUUAUUUUAUUCAGUUUUAACCCAUGAGACACUAGCUGUUGACCUACAUGAUGAAUGCUGAAAAAGGAACGUAAAGGGACGUAACAACUUCAGUUACUGACUUAGGAAUCACUAUUGCACUUAAAAUAGGUCAAAAGUAUCUUGCCGAGUACCUGAAAUGUCUUGUAUCUGCUGUAAUCUUCGUACAAAGGAACAUUUUUUCCCUUUUUUGUAUUGUUCAUUUUUCAUCCAAGCUCAGUAACGCCAUUUGCAACUGUUCUUGUAUAUUUUGAAUAUACAUUUAGCAUCAAAAAAUAAAAAUGUCUCCACCAAAA